AUGUGCUCGGUUAACUAUUGCAAGUUAGCCAAGGGGAUUGCUUCAGAUGAUGAACAUUCAGCAAUUGCAGAUUCUCAAUCCUCAAGAUCCAUCGUGGUACACGACACUCUCGCCUAUAUGACUGGAGGUGUUGAUGACUUAGCAAAGAGAGUUGAUGAACAUCAUGUCAUGAUUCAUGCGCAGCAAGAAAUGCUUGUUCAGAUGAAAGAGAUGUUGGCCCAGCUCCUUGCAGAGAAAGUCCAAAAGCAUGAGUCUUCUUGGAGGACAUUUUCAAAGGGAAAACAGAAGGCACAUGAGAAUUCAGAACAUGAGACUCACAACCUAGAAUCUUCAUCCAAAAAUGAGAAGGAACUAGAAAGGGAACUGAAUCCUCAGUCAUCUAAAGUAGAUGAGUUAGAGGCCCACCUCAACGCAAUCGUCAACAUAAUCGCGCUUCGCGAGGAAGGAGUAGUACGACCUUAUCCAGCUGAAUGGGACACAACUCCCUAUCCGUCGAAAUUUAAGGUAAAUCUGGAAAGUUUUUUCUUAGCCAGAUUUUUUGAAGAUGAUACAGAAGUGUCUGUCUCAACCCUUCUUGCCACUAAGCAGAGGAAGGAAGAGUCCAUUAAGACUUACAUGGAAAGAUUCCGUAGCAUGGCAUUACGAUACCCGUCAGCUUGUCCAAAAGAUGAAUUUUUACUCCCUAUCACGGAUGUCAUGAUCGACAAAACCUGCGGAUAUGAGAUGAUAUCUUUCAUGGACGAAUUCUCCAGAUACAAUCAAAUCAAGAUGUAUCCUGAAGACGAAAAGCAUACUGCCUUUAGAACACCAUUAGGGGUAUACUGCUACAUAGUAAUUCCUUUCGCACUAAAGAAUGCAGCUGGUACCUAUCAACAAGCAAUGAACACAAUAUUUCAUGAGCAUUUACGUAAAAAGAUUGAAUGCUACGUUGACAAUAUAGCAGUGAAAAACCAACACAAAGGUGAUGAUCUCACAGACUUGAAGACAAUGUUUGACAUCAUGCAAGCACAUCAGCUGAAGAUGAACCCGACCAAAUCAUUCCUCAGAGUAUCAAGUGGAAAAUUCCUGGGAUUCAUAGUUAUAUCUAAAGAAAUUUCUCUUGAUCCAAAAAAGUGCGUGCCAUCCAUGACAUGCUGCCUCCGAAGAAUCUCAAAGAACUCAGAGGUUUACAAGGUAGGCUAG